CAGAGUGGCCUAACUGUCAUUUUUUCAAUACUGAUUUUAAUUCAAAAAACUGCUCUAAACGGCAAAAGUCAUAGCGCCACAGUGGCCUAAAAUUAGUUCAAUAUUGUUUUCAUAGAUGGAAUUAGUAUUACUACCACAGCCUAUCAGAAAUUUUAAAAGUUUGGUAGCGCUAUAGUGGCCUAAAUGAGUUAGGCCAUUUUUGCACUAUGGCAAUACUAAUUAAAUUGACAUUUCUUUGACGUUAGGCCAAACUGUCAUAGUUUGCCGCGUGAUUGUUUUUAAUGUUGAACGAAGGUUUUUCUUGCAAUUAAUGGCUUAAAAUGGAUAACAUGGAAGCUGGAACCUCUAGUAACAUAGAAAACACAAUGCAAGGUAAGCAAAACAUGAUUUUGAUAAGAAAAAUUGUCAGUCAAUUGAGUGUUGUAACUAAUUUUGUCAGUCUACUAUUUCGUAAGCAAAUUACUUUACUUUCAGAUAUCUUCGGAGUGGAUGAGGAAGACCCAUAUCAAGAUUCAGGCUCUGAGUAUUUACCAUCCAGAUCGCCAUCGCCAACUCCCUUGGAUCUAAUUGAUAUUUUAGAAGAUAACCACUCUCAAAACAACCAAGACCCUCAAAACGACCAAGAGCAACGGAAGCCAAGAAAGCGAGUUCGACAGCCACAUAAGUGGAAAAAGAAUAUACGCAAGGCAAAACGCGCGAGAGGUGAGGAAUAUGUGAAUGCAAAAGGCAAAACUGUACCUUCGAAAAAUAUAAACACAGAUAUACCAUGUAGAUGUGGACUAAAAUGCCACGAUAAAGUUGGUGCUGCACAGCAAAAAGCACUCUUCGAUAGGUUUUAUGCCAUGGAAAGUUUUACUUUGCAGUCAUCUUACUUAUUUUCAUUGGUAAAAGUGUUACCUAAAAAAAGAUGCUCUUUUCUCACUGAUCGCCGACAAACUGAGUCUAGACGCUCCAAUACCCGAGUAUAUACUAUUCCAAAUUCCGAUGGUUUGUAUACUACGGUAUGUAAAGAAUUCUUUAAAAAAGUUUUUGCAGUAUCUGAUGGAAGAAUAUCCAGAGUUUUAAAAACAAAAUUGUCCAUUCCUACACCACCUAUUGAUAGAAGAGGAAAGCAUGUUCCUGUCAAUAAGACAUCUGAAGAAAAAGUUCAAAAAGUAAAAACAUUUAUUGAUAAAUUUCCUAAGUAUGAAUCACACUACACACUACACAAGAGUAUGAACAGAAGGUUCUUAGCUCCAGAUCUAAGUUUACCAAAAAUGUAUUCCAUGUACUGUGAUAAUAUUUCUGAGUCAGAAAAGGUAUCCGAUUUUAUGUUCCGGAAAAUAUUUAAUGAACAAUUUAAUUUAUCAUUCCAUGCACCUGUAUCCGAUUCAUGCAAGAAAUGUGACAAUUUGAAGAUUAAGAUAGAUGCAGCUCAUUCACUAGAAGAAAAGUACCAGCUUGAGUUACAAAAAAAGUUACACCUCUCAAAAGCUGACAGUGCGAAAGAUAAUUACAAGAAAGAUAAAAACCUUGCUAAAGAAGACUUAGAUGUCACUGUCAUUGUAUUCGACCUAAUGAAAACAUUGCCUACUCCAGUAGUGUCAACGGGAGUGUGUUAUUAUAAAAGGCAGCUGUGGACGUAUGUACUAGGUAUACAUGAUGCUGCAAAUGACAACGCAACAAUGUGUGUAUGGGAUGAGACUGUAGCCUCUAGAGGACCACAGGAGAUAGGCUCUUGUUUAUUGCGAUACAUUAAAGAAAAUGUUAAGACCAAAAGGUUAAUUUUAUAUUCUGACCAAUGUGGUGGCCAAAAUCGCAAUAUAAAAAUGGCCACUCUUUGUCAAUAUAUUAUUAGUCAUCCAGACUAUGUUGUGGAAAAUAUUGACCAUAAAUUUUUUGUAAGCGGUCAUUCUUAUUUGGCGUGUGAUCAGGACUUUGGCUUAAUAGAAAAAAAGAAAAAAUAUUUUCAGAAUAUUUUCGUACCUGAUGAUUGGAUUGAAGUAAUAAAGACUGCAAGAAAGAAAAAACCCUUUCAAAUUAUAAAAAUGGCCAAAGAAGAUUUCUAUUCAACCAAAAAAUUGGAGAAUAAUAUAACCAAUCGAAAAGUCACUGCAGAGAAAUCAAAAGUAAAGUGGCUAAAUAUUCAGUGGCUCCUGUACCACAAGAACUACCCAUUCACAAUAUUUUUUAAAUAUUCAAAUAAUGAAGAGGUCCUGUUUGAAAGUGUGGACUUGAAAAAAAGAAAUUCUAUUGCCAUAGCUAAUUUACAGCUUGAUCUUUUGUAUCCAUUGGGUAGACAAAUAAGUGUGGAGAAAAAAAAGGAUUUGGUGGAACUUCUUCAAUACAUUCCCCCGGUACUUCAUGAUUUUUAUAAUAAUAUUAAGGAUAGUGCUUCGGUAGGUAAUGAUUUGCAUGUGGAAGAUGAAGUAAUAGAUAGUGAUUGAUGCUUAUAAGGAAGGUUUAUUAAU